CGGAAGAACAGCGCUCUGCUUUCCACAUGGGGUUGUUUACAUGCUGUGUGAAGUUCUUAUUUAUUAGUAGUAAUUAUGACCAUCUAUCGUUUGUAUGAACGUUUUUAUUGCAUGCUGUAAUUCAUUAGUUUUCUCAUGACAUAUACAUAAUCGGCAUAUACUUUCACAGCUAUGUGAACAAUGGACUCUGGAAACAGAAUGAAACAAGUGUGUGUUACUGACGUUCCCAACUGCUUCAUAUCCGACCAUGAAGGCUUUACUGGGACGAUCAAAAACUAUACUAAGGACUUUGUGGUGACGGAGAUAGAUAUCCAUCAGCAGUUAGUCAACACAUUAGUCGUAGGUCCUCAGGGUAUCGAUCAGCCCAGUCCCGAUGCCUUUCCUGCGAAGAGCAAAAUAAACAAAAAAUGCAAGCAGGACAGCACGAUCUUCCCACCAGACAUCGACCCUUCCAGCUUAGUGGAUCUGGACCUGAGAACACUGUUGGGUCUCUCAGUGUACGAGGAACUGGAACGGUUUCUAAUAACGACGCAAAACGACUCUGACACCAAGAAGGAUGAACUGAACCCUCAGACCCAGUCCCCGUCCCCAGACAUGUCUCUUGGGUCUUUCCCUGAGAAACACCAGAGAAUGGCUGUCCACCGUGCCCUCCGACAUCACUUCCCCUCCUUGAUGACCGUCACCCAUCAGUUUGAAAUUAAGGUGAGGGACAACCCCGACUACCGGGAGCUCUCCGGGUUGGUCACGGAGGAGGAGUCGGAGGAGUUUUUCCGGUUCAUCGAUGCCAAAGUGUCCGGCUCGACGUACACCUUUAGGCCCGACGAAGUCAAAGACCGCCGCACCGCCGUCCAUCAUUUCCUCAGUCGCAGGUUCGGCAAACUGGUGGAGACCAAGAGCUUCAACGACCCGGGGGGCACUGUUAUCUCAGUGCGGCUGAGGCCUCGCAAAAGGACCAAAGAUGACAGUGUGGAAGAGGAGGUGUACACCGCCUUCACACUGCGUAAGGAGAACCUGGAGACUCUGGAGGCCAUCAGCUACAUGGCGGCCACGCUGGGCGCCUCGGCCUCGGACUUCAGCUACGCUGGCAUCAAGGACAAGCGGGCUGUCACCUACCAGGCCAUGGUGGUGAAGAACGUGCCCGUCAGAAGGCUGACCGAGAAGGUGGCGGAGCUGGAGCGGCGAGGGCUCCGCGUGACCCAGGUGCGGCCCGCCUCCGCGCCCCUCCACCUGGGGCGGCUGGCAGGAAACCACUUCGACCUGGUGGUCCGCCACCUGAGGCUGCACGCCGACGGCGACCGGCAGGGGGGCGGUCAGAGGGGCGUGGCCGACGCGGUGGAGCGGGCCGUGGAGAACAUCAAGGCCAGAGGGUUCGUCAACUACUACGGACCGCAGAGGUUCGGCAUCAGCCAGAGUGUUCAGUCCGACCGCGUGGGACUGGCCCUACUGAAGGAGGACAUGGUGGGGGCCGUUCGCCUGUUCUUCACUCCGGAAAACGGAGACGAGCCCCACAACCAGGCCAAGAGACACUUCAUCCAGACCGAGAACGCCAAGGAGUCCCUGGUUCUGAUGCCCGCCUCCAAGGCCCGGGAGAGGCUGAUGCUUAGGGCCCUGCACCGGUACGGCCCUGGUGCCGACGGCUGCACCCGGGCCUGGCUCAGCCUGCCCCACGGCAUGAGGGUCUUCUACCCCCAUGCCUACUGCAGCAGGGUGUGGAACGAUGCUGUGGCCCACCGAUUGGCUACUCUAGGCCACGCCCCCAUUCAGGGAGAUCUGGUUUGGCAGCAGCAGGACCCGCAGGGCGACAUGGGCGAAUCCAACCCUCCACAGAUUCAUGUGGUGAGCGCUGAGGAAGAGAGAGAUGGAGUCUACACACUAGCCCAGGUGGUGCUUCCAAUGCCGGGGAACACCGUCACCUACCCGCAGAACGCCAUGGGGGCGUGGUACCAGGAGAGACUGGCCGGCGACGGCCUGGGGGACGCUCGCUUCCGCAUCACCGGCCUCAAACUCAACCUGCCGGGCUGCUACCGCCCUCUGGUGGUCACUCCGCGCAACAUCACCCAUCGGCUGCAGGAGCGACGGGAGGAGGAGAAAGAGGAGGAGGAGAGAGGAGGUGAGGGGAGAGGAGGUGAGGAGAUGGCGAGGAGGAGGGAGAGUGAGAAAGCACCCCUCACCCUCGUCCUGAACUUUGACCUGGUGAGCUCCAGCUAUGCCACGGUGUGCCUCCGAGAAAUGAUGAAGUGUGACGUUUAAUGCCGUUCAGAUCACGUGGGAUUACUCAAACGGGAUUUCACAUGGUUCUCUAUUUUGUUAUUUGGAUCAUUUCGAUGUUCUGAGUUCGCUCAAAUAAAUAGAAAAUAUUUUCGAA